CUUUAUUAAAAAAUAAUGACGGCUUUGGUGAAUGAUUUAAGACAUAAAACGACCCACUUUAUAAAACAGCUCUGCUGAAAACACAGUGAAGCAUUGACUGCUGCUCCGUUAGCAUCGCCGUCGUAGCCGCAGCACAGGCUCUUUGGCAAUGUCAAUGCUAAGUCAGCGUUUCUACCGUUGUUCUCCGUUCUUUUAAAAAACAUUAUUUAUUAUAAUUAUUGUUCUGUACGUUAAGUUUUCUAAACACUCUCUUAAGAUUUACCUCCGUCCACUGGGGCAUGUCUAAUGAACGCAACUUCCUGUAUGAAUCUUUGGCUUAAUCGCAUAGUCUAUAUGUAUAUCGUUAUUUUCUUGGUAAACAUUCUUCUUAAACGAACCGUAGAUAAGCUUUCAUUGUGGCUUUUUGCAGUGUUGCUGCUGAGGUUUGUUCACGUUAUCAUGCUGUAUUAAUUUCAGAUUUUUUUCCCUCCUUGUAGUGAUAGUUUGUUUUGCCUCAGAUAUGCUGAGGCAUAUCUAUUCACACCAGGCAGAUGAAUGGUAGAUGGGAGGAGGAAGGUCCACCUCAAGGCUGUUAGUUGCAACUUGGAUGAUAAGACAGCAUGACCAAAACAAGUGCAGUUAUUAACCCCUCACCCACCCUCUUAAAUACAGAUAAACAGGCAUUUACCAAAGCAGACUAGGAGGUGGUAAAUGAACCCUGGUGGCGGUGAAGGAACUGGUACAAAAAAUGAACAGAUACCCAGUGUAGGUAGGAGUUCAACCUACCAGGCUGAAUGGCAGAGCCUGAGCUUCUACUGGACUCCAACAUCCGACUCUGGGUGGUCCUGCCCAUUGUCUUCAUCACAUUUUUUGUCGGGGUGAUACGACAUUAUGUCUCCAUUCUCCUACAGAGUGACAAGAAGCUGACGCUAGAGCAGGUUUCUGACAGCCAAGUUCUAAUCCGGAGUAGAAUACUCAGAGAAAAUGGAAAAUACAUUCCCAAACAGUCCUUUUUGAUGAGAAAGUUCUACUUCAACAAUCAAGAAGAUGGAUUUUUUAAGAAGACCAAGAGGAAGGUUGUUCCACCAUCUCCAAUGACAGAUCCCAGCAUGCUGACAGACAUGAUGAAGGGCAACGUCACGAACGUGCUUCCCAUGAUCCUCAUCGGAGGGUGGAUUAAUUGGACCUUCUCAGGAUUUGUUACAACUAAGGUUCCUUUCCCACUUACCCUGCGCUUCAAGCCUAUGUUGCAGCAAGGAAUAGAGCUUCUGUCACUGGAUGCAUCUUGGGUGAGUUCAGCGUCAUGGUAUUUCCUAAACGUCUUUGGACUUCGAAGCAUGUACUCCCUAAUUCUUGGCCAAGAUAAUGGUGCAGACCAGUCAAGGAUUAUGCAGGAGCAGAUGAGUGGUGCUGCCAUGGCCAUGCCUGCAGAUACAAACAAAGCUUUCAAGGCUGAAUGGGAGGUUUUGGAACUAACUGACCACCAGUGGGCGCUGGAGAGUGUGGAGGAAGAUCUGAUGAGCAGGGAGCUGGACUUUGACGGAAUGUUCAGCAAAGAACUGCCAAGUGGCAUCUUCUGAUGUCCAGCCACAGCUACUUGAAGCCUUGGAUUUAUAAUUGAAUCAUUGCAAAAGUGGAACAACUCCCACCCCUUCUUGUCAUGCCAAGUUUACAUUCACUUACGGUCCACGUCCUUUCACACUAAUUCAUUCCUGUCCAUGAAACGUAUUACGACGGUUCCUCGACUGUUCCCUGUCCACAACAAGCAUUGCCUUUUUUCACCUUUGAAAAAAUGUAUUUUUCCUGAGCCUCUAAUAUUGUACGGACUUAUAUUUCCUGCUAAUUUAGCUACUGAAUGCUUCCAUUAAUAGGUUAGGAAUAAACCACUCUUCUUUUUUUUUUUUUUUUGACAGUUUUGUUUAAACUGUCAACAACGCCAUUAAACUGGUCAGUGACAUUUAUUGAAGCAAAGCUUUAACUUUAGGUUUAAGUUAAGAUUGACUUAGUGUUGGCAGAGAAAUGUUCUUUGUGACUUUAUUUUGUUUGCAGUUUAUUUUGUAAUUAAGUAACUAAAACAUUUUGUACAGUAUAAAAGCUGUUUCAAUUGAGUACCUGACUUGACCGAAACCUUUCCUUUUUUCUCUGUGAACAUCUCGCAGAAUUGUACGUCUUGAUUGUCUGCAAUAUUAAGGCAAUGGAUUUGAACUACAAUUUUGUUGGCGUGAUAGUACAAGCCUAAGCACAUACCAAUAAAUAAGGCCACAUGGGGGAAGAGAGGUUUUAUUAGUUUAAAAAAAAACAUUUUAGUUUAUGAUUGAAUUUUUAUAUACUUCUGUUUGUAUAGCAAUAAAAUAAACGAUACUUGAAUU